UCUAAAAUCCUAUAAAUACCCACACCCUCUCUUCAUUUUAUUUCAUCUCUCUCUCAAACACACUCAAUAACAAUGGCUUCAAAGAACUCAGCCUCUCUUGCUCUUUUCUUUGCCCUCAACAUCCUUUUUUUCACCUUAACCGCUGCUACUGAUUGUAGAUGCAACCCAAGUCCUAAGCACAAGCCGAUCCCAAGUCCUAAGCCUAGGCCGGUCCCAAGUCCUUCAGUUCCAACUCCUUCCGUCCCAAUUCCUUCGGUUCCAACUCCUUCCGUCCCAAGUCCUUCGGUUCCAACUCCUUCGGUCCCAACUCCUUCGGUCCCAAAUCCUUCCGUACCAACUCCCGUCACACCUCCGAGCACCCCUGGCUCAUCGAGAAACUGUCCCAUCGAUGCUCUCAGACUCGGUGUAUGUGCGAAUGUCCUAAGCGGUCUACUUAACGUGCAGUUGGGACAGCCAUCAGCUCAGCCAUGCUGCUCUCUCAUCCAAGGUUUGGUUGACCUCGACGCUGCGAUUUGUCUCUGCACUGCUCUUAGGGCUAACGUUCUUGGCAUCAACCUUAACGUUCCCAUAUCUCUCAGCGUUCUUCUCAACGUUUGUAACAGAAGGCUUCCGUCUGGUUUUCAAUGUGCUUGAGCGGUAUCGAUUAUGCAUAGGACGUGCACACACAUUUUCCUCUUCAAAAUAAUUACAAUAUUAAUAAUUACAUGCAUGUAUGCAAGUUUAAGGUUUAAUGUUUCAAUCUUUUGUUUAAGUGAGAGACGUUAUUUAUAUACUUCUUUGUAAA